GUGUGACUCCUCUCCAGCGCACCUCUCAGAGCGCAGGAUUUCCUCCGGAACGGCAAAUCCUGGCAGAUCGACACAGCGCCUCUGACCAUGGAAAUCUGAGCGUGCUGACAUCAAAAAAAUGCCUCAAGAUGAAGAGUCUAGUGUGAGGUGGUUUCUCUUUCAAGCAACGGGGGGAAAGAGCGGCAGAGUUGACCUCAGAGACAGUGCACAUUUCCAAAAGCGCAUGAGUGCCGCGGGAGACGCGCAUCACGCCACCGGAUAGUGGAGGGGAUAAAGCGCACAGGAGCGCACAGUUUUUUCCCACUGUAAUCCAACUGCCUCCUUCAACAUGGACGGUUACAACUGGACGUCGCUAUCUGAGAACAUCAGCAUGUCUCCCCCCCAGCCCUACCCCGGCUACCCCAAUAUGUCGGAUGUGGCUGCGCCAAUGCCCUUCGACGUGGUCACUGCAGUCGUCUACACCAUUGUCUUCAUUGUGGGUAUUCUGGGUAAUACGCUGGCCAUCUAUGUGGUGGUUCGCUACGCCAAGAUGAAGACAGUAACCAACAUGUACAUCCUCAAUUUAGCCUUGGCGGAUGAACUCUACAUCCUGGGAAUUCCCUUCCUUGGCACGAAUAGUGUGCUUUCGUACUGGCCGUAUGGGGAUUUCUUCUGCAAGGUGUGCAUGACGGCUGAUGCCAUGAGCCAGUUCGCCUCCACCUUUUGCCUGACGGUGAUGAGCAUUGAUCGCUACCUGGCUGUGGUUCAUCCCAUCCGCAGCGCCAAAUGGCGGAAGCCACAGGUGGCCAAGGUUUUUAAUACCAUGGUGUGGGUUGUGUCCUUUCUGAUUGUGCUGCCGGUUACAAUCUACUCACACGUACAGGAGGAGUUUAACACCUGCAACAUAACCUGGCCUGAGCCUCAUGAAUUGUGGUCCAUUGUCUUCAUCCUCUACACAUCCAUCCUGGGCUUCUUUGGUCCUCUGGUUGUCAUUUGCCUCUGCUACCUGCUCAUUGUCAUCAAGGUGAGGUCAGCAGGUGCACGUGUGGGCCUGACUAAGCGGCGUAAGUCGGAACGUAAGGUGACGCGCAUGGUGGUGAUCAUCGUGUUGGUGUUUGUACUGUGCUGGCUGCCCUUCUUCACCACCAACAUCGUCAACCUGAUUCAUAUCAUCCCUGAAAACAAAACAACAGUCUACUUCUUCCUGGUGAUCCUCACCUACGUCAACUCCUGCGCCAACCCAGUCCUCUAUGGCUUCCUCUCUGACAACUUCAAGCAGAGCUUCCAGAAGGUCCUCUGCUUCCACAAACCAAACGGUGUUGGUGCGACAGACCAGAUGGGAGGUAGACAGAAGGCACCCAAGGAAGACAACAAUCCUAUUUUCACACCCAGAAAUCCCACACAAAAUGGACAGAUGCAGACCAGUCAGCAGCCUGUCCAGGUGGAUGUUAUUGGGGAACCCGGUAGUGAGACUUUAACUUCAAAACCUGUGGUGAAUGGCCAGCUGUCACUUUGAGUUUUCAAGCUGACCCACCUUGUUGGAACAUGGGACAGUUACUCCUGGACCUUGUAUUGAUUGGUAUUUCCCAUCUGUAUUGCUGAUCUUCCUUCUCUGACUGAGACAUUUGUGACGAGCACCAUAGGAGCAAAGUAGUGAGAGAGGACUAGAUACAGCAUUCAUCACACAGCUCUGCAUUUGUGUUUGUUGUGUAUUUCUUUGUACUGUAACUAGUUUGGCUGCACUGUACAAAGCAUUAGUUAAUGUAAUUAUGUAAGACCUCAGUAUAAUACUAAAUAAUAAAGUCAUUAUAUUUAAAAAAUGC